GGACUGUGUACACUGCCCCUCACCCUGCUGGCCCUCUGCACCCAUAUCAGGGUUCGCUGGAUCUGGUGGCCGCAGCGGACUGCGCCGUCUGUACUGGCAUCCCAACAGCUCUUCCUGUGCAGAAAGCUUUGUUUCAAAAACAUUCUCAGUUUCUUGAUGAAAAAGCAAUUACAAAAGAACUGAAUUACACUGAAUUAGAGUGUACAAAACAGCAUUCACUCUCGAAAGACAAAGUCUGGAGCUGUUGCCCAAAGGAUUGGAAGCCAUUUAGUUCCCACUGCUACUUUACUUCGAAUGACUCAGCAUCUUGGAGUGAGAGUGAGGAGAAGUGCUCCAGCAUGGGUGCUCAUCUGAUGGUGAUCCACAGCCAGGAAGAGCAGGAUUUCAUUACCAAGACCCUGGAUCCUAAAGCUGCUUAUUAUAUUGGCCUUUUGGAUGCAAGUCACCGACAGUGGCGAUGGGUUGAUCAGACACCAUACAAUGAAAGUGCCACGUUCUGGCACCCGGGUGAGCCCAACAAUGACAAGAACAAUGAAGAAUGUGUUGUAAUACGUCAUCUAUCUUCCAAAUGGGACUGGAAUGACAUCCCUUGCAAUUGUAUGAGGAAGUCAGUUUGUCAGAUGAAGAAAAUAUAUUUAUGAAUCAAGCUUUUUCCAUGGACAUGGAUUGCAUUUUUGUCCAGCAUUACACAGAUACCUGCAAAGAUCUUCUUGUGGAAGAGAUGACCAUAGAAAUUUAGGUAGGCAUCAACAGUUAUCCAUAUGAUAGUACUGGUCGACAUAUGUACUUAUUUAUUCAUCCUUAGCUCUUUAUAUAAUGAGAAUUUCCCAUAUACCAGAGACUCGAGACUCAACAGGAUCCCUUUUGGUAUAUGUGGAAGCACACUAGCUUCUCUGUCCAUUCUUAAAUUCCUAAAGUCUUAUUUGAUGGUAGAAUUGUAUGGUGUGGACCCUCCACCAUUUUUUCUCUCC